UUGGGAGCCCGCGAUUCCGUGGAGCAGGGAAAGGCAGCUGCUGGGUUGGGCGCAUGCGCGUCGUGAUGAGCAAGAUGGUGUCUCUUGCUGUGUCUUCGCUGCGGGGUGUCUCUUCCGUAGCGCGCGGGAUGCGUGACCCUGCCUGUCGCCUCCUGUGCUGCGGAGGAGCUCGACCCCUGAGCACGCCUGCGUCCGUCGGUGGCGGGGGAGGCCUCGGGGAGCCCUCCUGGGGCUGGUACGAGACGCUGUCUUCCUCGGUGCCCGCAUUGUGGAUGGAGUCGGGCUUGGUAGCACUGCAGGCCGCGUCGGGGCUUCCCUGGUGGGCUACAGUGAUAGCUGCCAGCGCCGUCCUCCGCACAGGCCUCACCUUGCCUCUCGCCGCCCAGCAGGGCCGCGUCCUCGCUAAGUUGGAAAAUUUACAGCCUGAAAUUCAGAGUUUGGCUAAGCGUCUUCGCUAUGAAGUUUCAAUUUGUGCAAAACAACAGGAGUGGUCUGAAAAAUCAGCCAGGUUCUAUUUCAAGAAGAAUCUUAAGAGAAUUGUUUCAGAGCUGUAUGUUCGAGAUAAUUGCCACCCUUUCAAGGCCACACUGCUCAUAUGGAUACAGAUUCCAUUAUGGGUCUUCGUUUCUGUAGCUUUGCGUAACCUUAGUGUUGGUAGCGGAACAUCUGAAGGGACUUACAUUCAAGAGCAGCUUUCCACAGGAGGUACACUCUGGUUUAUGGACCUCACUGUACCUGAUUCAACAUGGAUUUUGCCGAUCAUUCUUGGAACUCUCAAUUUGCUGAUAGUGGAGAUUUUUGCUUUACGAAAAACCAGCCCAACCAAGUUUCAGAAGUAUGCCACUAACUUCUUCCGAGGAACUUCUGUAUUUAUGAUCCCAGUUGCUGCAACUGUACCUUCAGUGGUGUUCAUGACGGCCCUGGCAGCUGCAGCAGAGUUUGGGACCAUCCCUGCAACCAGGACUGCUAUUCUGGUGUUUGGCCAGCAGGAGGAGCCCUGACGCUACCCAGAUCCUCACAGUGCCUUUCAAUGACUGGCCAAAUGGGUCACAUCAACUAUCUCGCUGGCUCAUCUACCACCCCCUUUCCAAGAAAAGGGGGCACUCUGCUAGGCCAGUCAUUUCUUCAGCUGCAUUCAUCAGUGUAAUGCCAGUAUGCUGCUCAGGGCUGUAGCCACAUGGGCUCAGCUAUCCACUUUCAGCAUGCAUUAUUGUUGUCAGAAUCAGCCAUGUUUCCUUUGGCAGAGCUGUCCUUGAUCCUUGUGUGAUCUUCCGCCAAAGUCCUUAACUUGUCACCUGUGUGUGAGUUACAGAGAUCACAAAGGAGGACAAGUUCCUUUCUUGUAAACUGUAGUUCUUUGAGUGGGCAUCUAUGCACUUGCACAAUCCAUCCUCCCCCCUCCCCGCAGUGCUGCAUAAUUUAUUUUCUCCAC